GGGGAAAGCGCGCUUUUGGCAGCGCAUUAAAGACAGCUUUUCGACCCCCUAAAAUCCGUGCAAUAGGCAACACAUUUUAAGAAACACCGAAUUACCACAAACGCACGCACCACCUAGACCCCUCCCCCCAAAACUAGACUAGUGCCUUCCUCUUCCUAAAUCAGCAACGCACGCGCCUCUCUGAUCCGGCUGCCUGCACGCCUGCCCUUUCCCACCUAUUUAAAACCAACCUGCCCCCCGCGAUCCGCUACCUUUCCUAAAACACCUCGCUUUUUACCAAUUGCGUGCAUCUUGUCGCCUAUCACCAGCAUCAAUUUCCCACAUCGAUUUAUCUACCACGACAAGUCUUCCAUCAAGCCAAACAUUUCUACAUUAACUCACUACCUCCACCAACAUGACUGGACGCGGAAAGGGUGGCAAGGGUCUCGGAAAGGGCGGCGCCAAGCGUCAUCGCAAGAUUCUGCGUGACAAUAUCCAGGGAAUCACCAAGCCGGCCAUCCGUCGUCUGGCCCGCCGUGGCGGUGUCAAGCGUAUUUCAGCCAUGAUCUACGAGGAGACCCGUGGAGUGCUCAAGUCCUUCCUUGAGGGCGUCAUCCGUGACGCUGUCACCUACACUGAGCACGCCAAGCGCAAGACUGUCACGUCGCUCGACGUCGUCUACGCCCUCAAGCGCCAGGGCCGCACCCUCUACGGCUUCGGCGGUUAAGCGUGUCCCGUUCUCUUACGAGUGCGCGCAGAAGGACAAUUCGCCGAUCUACUCUAUUUCGUGCUCUAGGAGAACUAGGGACUUGGAUCGGUCAACGAACACAGCUCUUCAACUCUGCACAGCCAUUCAUACAUUCCUUUGGUACCUUGCCUUUGGUAUCAAGGUAGUGGGCGGUUGCCUCAUGGAAACUUGGGCUAGCAGUCGACAAUAGUCCAGCAUUGGGGAGGAAGCGUUGUCUUGUUGAGGAGCGGAGAUGUUCGCGAAAGGCAUGAUGGAUUGGGGAAGCAGUAACAUCACGUUUUGAUUUUCUGGUUUUUUUAUUGAUGGGCAGAAUGGCGUUCUGGGGUUAUAACCAUAGGGCGUUUUUCCACACAGUACAGCAACAUUGGGAAGGGUAGUGCACCCGACAUGAUAAACAAUAUAUUGAUCUGAAAGAAA